GCCCGCGGCGACCAGAGCCAAUGAGCGGCCGGGAGGGUGGUGGAGCGGCCUGUGAUUGGCUGGCCGCUGGGAUUCAAACCGAAGUGCGGGGCGGUUGGGCUGGGCGGUUGCGGCCGGAGGGAGCUCGCGCCGGGCCGGCGCCUCAGAUGGAGACAGCAAUGCUGAAUCUGCGGAAUCUGUUUGAUCAGCUUAUGCGCCAGGCCGAAGUUUUAAGUGAAGGAAACGAAUAUCAGUUUAUUCAGUUAGCAAAGAACUUUGAAGAGUUUCGGAGAAAAUGGCAGAAAACAGAGCAUGAGCUUGCCAAGUACAAGGACCUUCUAAUGAAAACAGAAACGGAGCGUAGUGCUCUGGAUGUGAAGCUGAAACACGCUCGCAAUCAAGUGGACGUGGAGAUCAAACGAAGGCAGAAAGCUGAAACGGACUGUGAGAAGCUGGAACGGCAAAUACAGCUGAUUCGCGAGCUGCUCAUGUGUGAUGCAUCUGGGAGCAUUCAGCUAAGUGAAGAACAGAAAUCAGCCCUUGCCUUUCUUAACAGGCCACAGGUUUCUGUAGGGGGUUCAGGUAACAAAAGGCUGUCUACAAUUGAUGAAUCUGGCUCAAUUCUGUCAGACAUCAGCUUUGACAAGACCGAUGAGUCACUGGACUGGGAUUCCUCUGUGGUGAAAGCUGUUAGACUGAAAAAGAGAGAGAAGCGGCGCUCAUCCAGGCAGUUUAUUGAAGGCCCUCCAGGUCCUCUGAAGAAAACGCGAUCAAUUGGCUCCACGGUGGACCAGGGAAAUGAGUCCAUAGUAGCAAAGACAACUCUCACUGUCCCCGGUGACGGUGGCCCAAUUGAAGCCAUCUCCACCAUCCAGACUGUGCCUUACAGCCUCAGAAGCCAGAGGAAGACGGGUACUUUACAGCCUUGGAACAGCGAGUCGAGCUUGGGCAGCAGGCAGCUGGAAUCCAAAUUGGAGAGCGAUGGCUCUAGCACUCCGCAGAGCAACGGGGGAGUGAGGCUGCAUGAAUUUGUGUCAAAGACGGUUAUCAAGCCAGAAUCAUGCGUUCCCUGCGGAAAGCGGAUAAAGUUUGGGAAACUAUCUCUAAAAUGCAGAGACUGCCGCGUGGUGACCCAUCCCGAGUGUCGGGACCGCUGCCCUCUUCCCUGCAUCCCCAUCCUAACGGGCACUCCUGUCAGGAUCGGCGAGGGGACCUUGAUGGACUUUGUCCCUACCACCCCUCCAAUGAUCCCUUCCAUCAUAGUGCACUGCGUUAACGAGAUCGAGCAGCGAGGGCUACGUGAGACGGGCCUUUACCGGAUAUCUGGCUGUGACAAGACAGUGAAGGAGCUGAAGGAGAAGUUCCUUAGAGCAAAGAACAUUCCUUUGCUCAGUAAAGUGGAUGAUAUCCAUGCUAUCUGUGGCCUUCUGAAGGACUUCCUGCGCAGCCUAAAAGAACCCCUUCUCACUUUCCAGUUAAACAAGACUUUUAUGGAAGCUGCAGAAAUCCUGGAUGAAGACAACAGUGUUGCUGCUAUGUACCAGGCAAUUGGUGAACUUCCUCAGGCCAACAGGGACACUCUAGCUUUCCUCAUGAUUCAUCUGCAGAGAGUGGCUCAGAGCCCGGAGACUAAAAUGGACGUUGCCAACUUGGCCAAAGUCUUUGGCCCCACAAUAGUUGCCCACGCGGUGCCCGACCCUGACCCUAUGACACUCCUGCAGGACACGAAGCGGCAGCCCAAGGUGGUGGAACGGCUGCUCCUGCUGCCGGUGGAGUACUGGAGCCAGUUCAUGAUGGUGGAGCAAGAGAACAUCGAUCCAGCACACGUAAUUGAGAACGCCAACGCCUAUUCCACUCCGCAGACGCCAGAUAUUAAAGUGAGCAUUCUCGGGCCCCUCACUACCCCCGAGCAGCUGCUCUCCAAGACGCCCUCGUCCAGCUCCCUGUCCCAGAAGGUCCGGUCAACCUUCAGCAAAACUACCCCCAAAUUUGGGAGCAAAAGCAAGUCGGCAACGCAGCUGGGGCGUCAAGGCAACUUCUUUGCCUCUCCGAUGCUGAAGUGAAGCGGAGCUGGCGUUCAGGGUCAUCAUAGUAUUUGCACACCAAUCUGCAUGAGUACAAUAAAAGCAGCCUCCUCUCCAUGGCCCUCGGCAGCCUUGUGUAAUAGGAUCUUUCUCCUCUUAUCUUUCAGCUUAAUUGAGGCUUUUAAUGGGAUUUUAUUGUGCAAUGUAUUUUAUUAUCAAAUGCUGUACUACACUUAAUAUUGGUGAAGAAAGUAACUAGCAGGCUUUGUUCAACACUUCAAUAAAAACUGCUGGAAGAAUCA